UGCUAUCGACCCGAUGGUUUUGGACAAGGCCGGGGGUGGUGCAGUUAAAUAUGUGGCAUUCGUAAUAAUGUAUUCAUUUUAGUUGUGUCUAGCUACGUGUGUCAACGUUGACAAAUCUUUGUUGCGUCAAGUGAAAUUUAUAUAGGCCUAGCGCUACCUAUUUCCUGCUCAAGUCACAUGACUAGAGCAGGACUUCAUGCUCAACACCAACCGUGCAGCAGGACUUCAUGGGAUCUGUCUGGCUAGUCGCUACGAAACGGGAGUGUUGACAAGCAGAAGGGUUUGUUUCUCUGAAGAUUUUAUUGUCGUAAAACUUCCACGUGACCGAGGACAGAGGGAUUUAGUUUUUUUUUUUUUCUUCUCGAGUGGAACACACAGGCCUGUCCUUAAAGCUGUUCAUCUGUCAAUGCCAGGGUAGCAGCCACAUUGAAUGAGGUUUCAGUCUCACAUGGGCAAGAUGGACAGAUCAUAACAAUUACAUCAAAGGUGCAGAUUUGAUUUCGUAAUGACAAGCUGCUGUGCAGAAGAUGUCCACGCUGUCUGCGACUGAUAUCACAGAUGUUGGUCCUGGUGAGGUGUUUGACGGGGCCCCAGAGCUGCAGCUGGACUGCCUCUGCAGUGGUGACGACCGCAGCAGUGCAGAAAUGAAGCAUGAGGGCAACCUCCUCCCCCUGGAACCACCCGACCAUGCAGGGUUUUCCAGCCCCCCCCAGAAAGGGCCUUCCUCACUAGCUGAGAAGAGCAGCCCACUGCCCAUGGAGCCCAGUGACAUCAAGGCCGACCCCGCCGACAGCAUGCCUGCCAACACAGAGGGCCAGCCGGUGAAGAGGAAGAAGGGUCCAGCCCCCAAGAUGCUGGGGAACGAGGUGUGCAGCGUGUGCGGGGACAAGGCCUCAGGCUUCCACUACAACGUGCUGAGCUGCGAGGGCUGCAAGGGCUUCUUCCGCCGCAGUGUCAUCAAGAGUGCCCAGUAUUCGUGCAAGAACAACGGCCGCUGUGAGAUGGACAUGUACAUGCGCCGCAAGUGCCAGCAGUGCCGGCUGCGCAAGUGCCGUGAAGCGGGCAUGCUGGAGCAAUGCGUUCUCUCAGAGGAGCAGAUCCGAGUGAAAAAGAUGAAGAAGAACGAAGAAGAGACUGCACGCACGUCUGCCGUGGUGACCCCCACCCCGGUGCCGGAAGUGGUCCCGCUGGCGCCCGAGCAGUUGGAGAUGAUCGAGAAGCUGGUGGCCAUGCAGAAGCAGUGCAACAAGCGCUCGUUCAUCGACCGGCCCAAAGUCACGGUGAUUCCGUGGCCCCAGAGUCAGGACCCCCAGAACAGGGAGGUGCGGCAGCAGCGCUUUGCCCACUUCACUGAGCUGGCCAUCAUGUCGGUCCAGGAGAUAGUGGACUUUGCCAAGCAGUUGCCUGGCUUCCUAGAGCUCACCAGAGAGGACCAGAUUGCCCUGCUGAAGACCUCAACCAUUGAGAUCAUGCUGCUGGAGACAUCGCGGAGAUACAACCCUGCCAUUGAGAGCAUCACGUUCCUGAAGGACUUCAGUUAUAACAAGGAGGAUUUUGCCAAAGCAGGGCUGCAGUUGGAGUUUAUCAACCCCAUCUUUGAGUUCUCCAAGGGGAUGAACGACCUGCACCUGGACGAGGCGGAGUAUGCUUUGCUCAUCGCCAUUAACAUCUUCUCUGCAGGUCAGAGGUCAAGUGACCGGCCCAAUGUGCAGGACCAUGAACUGGUGGAGCGACUGCAGCAGCCGUACGUGGACGCACUUCGUUCUUACAUCAUGAUAAAGAGACCAAAUGAUCACCUGAUGUUUCCACGCAUGCUCAUGAAGCUGGUCAGCCUCCGCACCCUCAGCAGCGUCCACUCUGAGCAGGUCUUCGCCCUGCGCCUCCAGGACAAGAAGCUCCCGCCGCUGCUAUCUGAAAUCUGGGACGUCCACGAGUGACUCCGCUGAUGCCCUCACGGAACUCUGCUGCGCUUCGCAGACAUAUGUACUUGGAUGGACACUAACAUUGGGUCUGUCUUUCAAGUGUUGAAAAAAAAGACUUGCGAAUGAAGCGACGUCUCCCAGGCUACCCAAACACGACGAAUCAAACCUACAGAUUGGUUGCCGGAUUGGAGGAACAUUUUUUAAUUAAUUUUUUUGUGUCUUCUGUGCAGUUUGGCAGGAUAUUGAUGCUCCUCUGUCCUGCAGACUGGGACUAAUCUCAUGGGGGAGGUUGGGGCAUAGAAAUGGAAUGAAUAUAAUUGGUAUUUCUAUGGGUUGAGGAUUGUGCACACCUGAUUUCUGUCCCUCGCCCAUUCCGUUGUAUUGAAGGUGAGACGGCUUGUGGUGAGAUUGUGCUGCCAUGGUCAGUUUGGCUCAGACUUGCUAGCCAGUGUUAACCAUUAAAUCUGUUGAUAGUCAGUCUCAUGAUAGACAUCUUUAACGACAAUUGCCAUGAAGCUUCAAUUGCCAUGAAGCUCCACUCUCAGAUCCACAUCAUCAAUGAUAACCCCAUAGUGAAAAUAAAUGGAAAAAUACAUGUUAUAGCCCUGUGUUGCAAUGGGAUAGGAUAUAGAGGUAUUUUAACUGCUGCCCAAUGUUAAGAAAUGUCUUAUUGGUGCCCACUGUCCAGAUGUAUGUUAGAAUGGUAGGUCACCUGCUUGAUACUGUUGCGAUUUUAGCAGUUUAAUAUUCAGCCAUCUGAUUUGUUCUCUCGGAAGGAACAGGAAAGCAAUUCUGAUUGGUGUUGAAUUGUUUAAGGUAAAGUGAUGGUAUAGAGAUGCGUAGUCUACCACUUCCAAGCGCAGGGCCCCCACCAACCAUUUGUAAAUGCACUCAAACAUUGAUUUCCAUGUACAAAGUAUAUAUUACUAUGACAAAAUAUAUAUAUUUAGUAUGCCCACAAGUGAAGACAUCCAUACAAAACGACUGUACAAUCAACACUCACUAACGCACAAGCAAGCAGUGAUUUAUUUUUAAGCAUGACUGGGUAUGUGACGGACAAGUUGAGACCUUAUACACUGGAACAACUUCAAUGCUACGCUAGUUAGUAGUAAGCUUAGGCUAUGGGUGGGGGCACAAAAAAAUCUGAACUCAUCAUGCAGUGGCUCGUGGGUCUGCUUACCCACAAUCUGCCCCGCCUACCUUGCGAGCAAAACAUUUUAGUGCUCCUCCCUCAUGACAGCAAAGAGAACACAUUUUAGUUUUAAAGUUAAUUUCCUGCAAUUCUACACAUUUUGCCUUAGGGCGGAGGCAAAUGUUCGCAGUUUUUAAUAUGAUAACUGAUUUAUCAACCGGUCGGUAAUUUGACCAGGCUUACUUCAAGUUUGGUAUAUUUAGCUGGCUGCUAGACUAUCUAAUUAAGUGACUGCUGAUGCACAACCAAAUUUUUAAAUUGCACUUUGUCUUUUAUUAUUGUAACUCGCAACAGUAAGUUGAGACCCCAUCCCUGGUCUAGUCAUAUGUACGGUCCUCCCCUCCACCAAAUCAGCAUGAUUCAAGACAUCUGAGUUGCAACUUUGUCUAAAAUGUGCUUUGCAUCCCACAAUAGUUGGAAUAGCAAAAUAAGUAAAAUUGUGCUCCUUGUGUGGGCACCGCAGUGUUUUCUUCAACAGUAACAUUUCUGGGUUACACUUUAUAACUUCAAUGAAUAAACCAUUGUAAAUGUUUAAAUGCUUAUAUACAUUAUGAAUGUCUACUAAUAAUGAAAUACUCAAUAGUUUAAAACUAUAAAUGGUUAUUCGUGAAUGUUAUUCUAGUCUGACCCAUUUGAUUACUAAUAAGGCCAUUCUAACGUUUCACUCGACUAAGCUCUGUUAUUCAUCUUUUUUUUUCAUGAUGCUGUUUCUAUCACAGUCCUUUGUAUGAUGAUGACUUCUCUAAUGUGACACUUUUAUUAAACAAACGUUCAGAAGGAAUUAGAGAAGGAAAGCUUUUUUUUGUUGCGAUUUCUGAGUGACAGUUUUGUCCAUUCCUUACCUUACAACUCAAAUCAGUGUGAAAUAGAGGAGAGUUGAGGACUCAGACAAAAUGGGGAGAUUUAUCAUAAGUUGCACAAUAUGUCAAAGUAGCACAGAGAUAAGGGAGUAAGAUAUAUGGAACAAUUACUCGAUGGAGCUUUCAGUUAGGAGAAGAAAUGCAAUUAUUUAACAAAUAUGAUCUUGUGUGAUAUUAGGGUUGGUGGACGACAAAUAGGAGACCAAUGUCAACCAUCAGGUUAUGGCUAUUUGUUUUAUUUAGUUUGGGUUGAUAUUGAGACUGUCUUUUGAUCGAGCUGACUCAUAACCUGAAGAUGGUUCUUCUACACUAUUCAAAGGGUUUGCUCUUCCCUGGGCAUGCGUGUGUGGAGCCAUCUAUUUUCAAUUACUCUUGAGACAAUGUCUCAACCAUACAAUCCCAGUUUUCCUAUUUUUUUUCCCUUCAAUAUGUAACUCAUACCAGCGAAUGAUUGUCUGCAUUGAAAUUACAUUAUUUCAGUAUUUUCAAUAUUAAUAGAAAUCUAAGCAUUAACACAAGGUAUGCCAUUAAUGGUAUGGGGUCUUAGGUCUAAAUGAUGUUUUCAGUUGUUUGGAAUACACAAUGUUCCUUGACAUUAUUGUUAAUACUGUUGGUAACUGAAAGUUGAUUGUAAUAGAAUUUACGACAUU